AUGUCUACUCCGAUAGACCAACUGACACCACCCCUGGCGGUGACCCAGGAAGCCUACACCGCCCACUCGGGCCACGGGUCGGUGGGUCCCGUGAUCGCCGUUCUUGCAGUGAUCACUAUUCUUGGACUCAUAGCCGGCAUGAUCGGCCGGAUUUGUUCGGGUCGGCCGAUCAUGGGUCAUGGACAGUACGAUUUCGAGAGCUGGAUCGAGAGGAAAUGCUCAUCGUGCCUCGACGGCAGAAUCGACCCUCCGGCCCCACGGCAGCAGGAGGCAACGGCCUCCGAAGAGCCAACACCGGAGGCGGAACCGGUGGAGAUCCCUCAAGAGAUAAAGCAAGAAGAGGAGGCUCAUCGACAUACACAUGGACAUGGAAAUGGCGAAUCUUGA